UGAACCUCACUCUGCUGCAGACGGAGUUGACCACCCGUUGAUUGCACGUCUAAAUAUCUGCUCCUCGGCGUUUUAAUUCAAACGGGACAAGAACAUGACAGGAUACACCCAAAUCAUCUCUACGGACUGACCACAAACGCGUAGGAGAGCUGAGUCGUUUGCUAGUUGUGAACUCCUAGCUAAUGUUAACACUUAGCUUGCAGGCUAACGGUAGCUAGCUGGUGAACGGAGUCCGGUUUUGCUUUGUGCCGUCGGUUGGCUAACCUUACCUAGCUGGCUCACUUGCGAAGGUCGGAGGGACUAACGUUAGCUGGUAGUCAGGAGCGUCUAGUUAGCCAUUCAGCACCAUUAACGUGUCAUUUUAAUAAUUUGUUUUAAGGCUGCGUGAUUAUUUGUUUUUCGUCUGUCACGGGGCUUCACAUUUUUCUCGUUUUAUACGUUUAUAAAUUUUAUGAAAUUUACCGUUGACGUUUGCUAGCUAGCAAGCUAAUCUGCUAUGCUAACGCCAGCUCAGUGAGACCUCACAUCGCAGGGGUGCGGAGAGCUCCAGGCGAGUCAAGGAAGGAAGAGAGGUGACUUAUGAUGUGGGCUGAGGAAAGCGGUGGACUGUUAGGCGAAGGAGAGCAGCAGUAUUAACUUAAAUACAUCGUAUUUUUUCCAUUUUAGUCUUUGUCGAGGUAGGGCCAUAGCGUCAGUCAAUCUGUGUGGGACGUUGGAUGAAGAAAAGAACUGGGGCACUUUGAUUUGCGAGCUGGCUAAAUGAAUAGUAUUGGUAUUACUGAAUCGUGAGCCCGUGGCCACUGUGCCAGCUUCAAGGGAAGACACUCUGUCGAGAUAAUCGCACAGACUGCAUUAACCAGCCAGUUUGCUUUAAGAUGGCUUCGGCGAGCAGCAUUGCCGCAUCCAUUGCGAGUAAAACGAAGACCAAGAAAAAGCACUUCGUUGCUCAGAAAGUGAAGCUCUUCCGUGCCAGCGACCCUCUGCUCAGCGUGCUUAUGUGGGGAGUCAACCAUUCGAUAAAUGAGUUAAGCCAUGUUCAGAUUCCCAUCAUGCUCAUGCCAGACGACUUCAAGGCCUAUUCUAAGAUCAAAGUGGACAACCACCUCUUCAACAAGGAGAACAUGCCCAGCCAUUUCAAGUUCAAGGAGUACUGCCCUCUGGUGUUUCGAAACCUCAGGGAGAGGUUUGGAAUCGAUGAUCAGGACUUCUUGAACUCUUUGACACGUAGUGCUCCCUUGAACAGCGAGGCCCAGGGACGGAGUGGGGCCCGCUUCCACACCUCUUAUGACAAACGCUACGUCAUCAAGACCAUCAGCAGUGAGGAUGUGGCCGAAAUGCAUAACAUUCUAAAGAAAUACCAUCAGUUCAUUGUGGAGUGCCAUGGCAACACGCUUCUGCCUCAGUUUCUGGGGAUGUACCGGCUCACCGUGGACGGAGAUGAGACGUACAUGAUUGUUACACGCAAUGUCUUCUCCCACCGCCUUUCUGUCUACAAAAAAUAUGAUCUCAAGGGUUCCACCGUGGCAAGAGAGGCCAGCGACAAGGAGAAGCAGCCGCCCCCACCAGAGGAUGUGCCCCCGCGGCCCAAAUCUGGUAACGUUCAGCAAAGGCUGCAAACACUGCGGAUUGCCACACGCUUUUACUGCGCCAUGAAACACGUAAGAGAUGCCAAGGAGCUGCCCACCUACAAGGACAAUGACUUCAUCAAUGAUGGGCAGAAGAUCUACAUUGAUGCGGAGAACAAGAAAAUGUUCCUGGAGAAGCUUAGGAAAGAUGUGGAGUUCCUGGCCCAGCUGAAGCUCAUGGACUACAGCCUGCUGGUGGGGAUCCACGAUGUGGAGCGAUCCGAGCAGGAGGAGGUGGAGAGCGAGGACAACGAGGCGGAGGAGGAAGGGGAGAGCGACGGAGGGGGCAUUGGGACGCCCCCUGACAGCCCCAGCAACACCCUGGACAGUACCAAACCUCUGUCACCUGGAGAGUUUGAUCCCACUAUUGACGUCUACGCCAUCAAAAGCAAUGAUAGUGCUCCCAGGAAGGAGGUUUACUUCAUGGCUGUCAUAGACAUCCUGCAGCAUUAUGAUGCCAAGAAGAAAGCUGCCCACGCCGCCAAGACUGUCAAACAUGGGGCCGGAGCGGAGAUCUCCACGGUGAACCCAGAGCAGUACUCCAAGAGGUUUUAUGAUUUCAUCACCACUAUCCUGUCAUAGCCUCCAGGAGCAACAGGGGCCACAGAGGCACAUGGGAAAGGGAGGGCAGGUGGGGAGUAGGGCGGAGAAGAAAAAGCGACGGAGAGAAAAACCAUCAAGAGGCUGAAUUAAUAAGGUGCUGUGAUGGCUUCGUAUCACUCUCCCUCAUCCGUUCUCCUCAUCCCUCCCUGUUUGUUUCUCUCUUUCAGUGGGGUGCCACGCUCUGCAGCUAAAAAAAAAAAAAAAGAAAAGAAAGAAAAAACAUCAUUCGUUUACAUUUAACCUCUCCUCUGUUGAGUUUUGUUCGUGUGUUACUUUGAAUGAUAAGGGUGUUGAAAGCAAGUGUCCAAGUUAUUACAUUUUUUUUAUAUAAUUUGUUUUGUCUGUAUGGUUGUUUAUGUGGGACUAUGGCUUUUUUUGUAUUGCCUCUAACAUAACAUCCAGAACCCUACUUUUUUUUUUUUUUUUUUUUGUAUUUGUCUUUCCCUUUUGGUGUUUCAGGGGGAGGUUGGGGAGGGUAUGAGGUGGUGUAGUGUGAGGUCAAGGGGAAUGCAGAGAUCGGAUUAUAGCACAAGUUCCCUCUUGCAAAGAAAAGGCUUGAGUGGGAUGUAAAGAGGAAGUUUAUGUUGAGCCUCGCCUAAUUCAGUUGCUUCAUUUCAGGAAGUAGGAAGCAGUCUUCCAAUAGGCCAACAGCCAGACCCCCACCCAAAUGCUAUACAAAUACUCAGCCAAACAAAUCUUCCUGUUUUGAUUCCUCCUCCUUCACCCAACUCUUUAGAUGCCUCCCCUUCCCCUCCCGUUCCUUGCGUGUACAGUUAAUGAAUUGAGCUUUUGGGUUGUCCUCUCGCCCCACACACUCAAACCAACACUGCUCAUUAGCUGAGAUGAAUUAACUUGUUGCAAUAAAUUAUAAUGCUUGUUUCCAGCACUAGUUGCACCUCAGUGUCUUGUAGUGCGUCGUCCCCUUUUUGCUUUGUCGUGAUGUACAGUGAUAAAGAGCGAUUCAGAGAAGGAUAUGUACCUUAAAAUGAGAAGAAGAAGAAGAAGAGGGAUUCGAGCAACCAGCUUCUCUUUAGUGUCAUUUACUUGCAUUCACUCUGAAUAUGUUGGGCAUUUUUUGACAUGGUUCCUGUUCCUGUGACAGGAAGUGACCCAGAAGGCUUGUGUAUAGCGAUUAAGAGUGAAGUCGCUUCUUGUUCGUAUAGGGGUGUCAGAUUGAAACAUCAAGACCCCUUAACUUUCUGUCGCCAUCAGCACCUUAUGAUUGAAAUAAAUAAAAAAAAUGUUGCACUUUUGUUUGUUGUUAGAUGUUAGGAGUUCUUGUUCUGUUACAUGCGCCGCAACAAAGAGGAAAAGGAACUCAGAAUUGAAUCUUAGAAGCCUGAUCUCAAAUCCUGUCUCCUCCAUCAAUUCUCACCGAUGGGUACUACUUACAGGAAUUGUGUGGAAAGAAUUUACUGCAAAAUUAGACAGGGAAAGUGGACAGGUUCUGUUUACACGGCUUUUGUAAACUAACCUUUCCCCGUCCUUUUAGAAGUGCUCUGUGGUGUUGUCGCGGUGGGGUUUGAGACAAGGCAACAGUGUGACUGUACUUCAGGGCAAACAGAAGACGGUUUACCUCCAGCAUCGUACCAGCACACACCCAGUGAUGGCGAACGGUGUGUGUGUGUCAGUGUUCAAAAGUUGUAUAGGGGGAGAAAAAGAAUGGGGAGGUUGGGAAGAGUAGCUGCAGAUGUAAAGAUACAUGUUGUUAAGUCAUUAACACCAACGGCAUCAUUCUCUUCUCUAACGCCAGCUGUGAGUCUGUUAUUCAUUGUUGUUUGUGUUGUUACUGUUGACAUUUUUUAAAGGUGGUUUAUCUGUGUUUUGAAUUUGGUGGUUUUAUGAAUUGAUGUGGUAAUAUUUUUUUUUUGUUUGUUUCUGUUUGCGGUUGUUUUUUUUUGUAUAUUUUGCACAAGAGGAAAGGAACCAAAUGUUACGAAUAUAAUCCCAAUUAGUUGAUAUGGUCUUAACAAGGGAAAUGCAAUAUACUUGUAUGUAAGUGAGAAAAGUUGUUGUGCGUGUGAUGUUGUGUAUCACCUUUGGAUAACCAACUAAAACAAGUAAAGUCAUCCUCCUUGACUAUUCUUACCCAUGCAGAAAGCUUCCAUCACAAUAUGUUUCUUUAGAUAUCAUAGAUUAUAUUCACAUUUAUAUUUUUACAUUGGAUUUUAGUCAUGAAAUAUAGAUGUAUUAAAAAAGAAAAAAGAGCCACCUGUGGGAAUGAAUGAUGUUGCUGUGGUAAAUGAAGAAUGAUACUGCUUGAAUUUAUACAAUGCUUAGUAUAGAUGUACUUAAAAAAAAAAAAAAAUUACAAAAAAAAAAAUUUGCAUGUCACAGGACUAAGUUUCCUUUGCCCUCUAAGUCUGUGUUGUUGGCUGUUCAGGUUCUCUUUGUGUCCCUCCACUUUAACCACAUUUGUGAGCUGUUCAGUGUAAAAUAGUCCCUACCAUGCUUUAAAUAACUGUUUUUCAUUGUAUACACUGUGCAAGAUGUGUGCCUUUAUACUCCAAAAUUAUUUAAUUUUAUAUUUUGUAAUCUUUUUUUAAAACAAAGGUAAAAGGUUAUUUUAAUAAUAGGGUGUUUACUUUGACAUGCAUUGUUUCCAACUUUAUUUUCAACCCCCCCCCCCCCCCCCCCCCCCGUUCACCCCCAGCUCAACCUUUUCCCACUCCAGCAUCCCUCUGUGUUUCAAUUUGUUGAUGUUGUUCAGUCAGUUAAACAAAAACCAUUCUAAUGAUUGUGUUUUAACCAAAAAAAAAAAAAAACAACAACAAAAAAAACAAGUGAAUAGCUGUCUUAAAUUUGGGGAUGGUGGAUCGCUUUCAGUUCUGUACGUUC